UUAAUUUGAUGGAUAACAUGAAACUGGAACCAGAAGUUCUACGACCUCUUUUGCAUAAAAUGAAUGACAUCUCGAAAAACAGACAAAUUUUUCUGGAUAACGUGAGAAGCCGUUUGGAGGAAAUUGCCGAAGAACUUUGCUCGGCAAAAUCUGCUACAAAUAGCUCCGAAAAGAUCCAGAAGUUAGAUACAAAUGUAUACAAACAACGGCUCAUAAGAUUGUCGCAAAAAAUUCAAGAUUUUAAGGAAUCUUGCCAACUGCAGACUUUGUCGCAGGAGCAAACAACUCUCGAGUCUGAAUUACGCGAAUUUGAAUCGAAUUUGCAUAAGUAUGAGAGUGCAACUGAUGGCAAUCCGACAUCUGUCACAUCUUCCAACAAGGAAAAUAAAAAGUGCAACGAUUAUAUGGGGAUCCAAGACUUCCACGCGUUAAUUGCUAAAACAGGCUAUACCGAUAACUGGAGCAACGAGGAUCACUUGCUAUUCCUGAAACUGCGGAAAAAAUGUAGCAGCAUUGCUACUCUAGUAGCCGCUCUUCGAGUCAAAUGUCCGGAUUUAACUGUGGAAACCAUAGUGAAUCACGAGGCUUGGUACAAGAUUUAUCUGAAUCUACGUGAGAAACAACGAGCAAACAUUAAAAAAUGGCGCAAGCAAAAAGAAAUAGAAAAGAUAAAAAACAACAAGAGCGAAAUAGAGAUGGAAGCCUUGGAAGAUACUUCGCAAGAAAAAAAAACUUCCAAUAUCAUAAAAAAACUUCCGAUAUGCAUGAUUGACAAAUACGAAAAAACGAAGACUUGCGAUUUCGUUGAUAUCAAUAACGCGGAUCGAAAGAAGGAAUUAAUAAAGCAGUGGAAAAUUGAGAAAGAGAAUAAACGUUUGAUUGACGAGGAACAAUCAAAGAUUCUGAUCGAAUCGAAACUCGCCAUGCUAGAAAAACGUAAGAGAGAAAGAUUGAGGAGCAUUCAAGAAGCUUUAAAGGAAUAUCGCGAGAGAAAAUCGAUAGAAAUUUCUUCUAAAGCUUCGAAAGACAACACGAGAACAGAACCAAAAUACAAUCCGAUGUUGAUCGAGGCUUUUAGGAAACAAGAUGAAGAGUAUACAAGCAGAAAGAAAAGUAUGAUAAUGAGACACCAAAAAUCGGCUCAAAAUCGGAUGACGAAGACAAGAUCAUCACAAUUAAUGAAAAAGCGAGAUUAUUCGACUGUGUUGAAUUCGACUAAAGUGUGGAGAGAACGAUGCAAAAUGCAAAAUUUUAAUACAAAUGAGCCAAAAAAAUUGCUAUAUAUUAAGGACGUUCCUCGUUUGUAUGUUCACUGGAGAAACAAAGAAUCGGGAGAUCAAGGAUGCCCUGGAAUUUUUUAAAAAUCGAUAAUAUUUUUCUUUUAAUCAAAGUACAAUUAUACGAAGAAGGAAAUAUAAAUCCAAAAAAUUGGUAUAUACUUAUGUUUAUUUUUCUUUACGAACGUACCUUUCUGUUUCUUUCAGACGAUGUACAUAAUAAAUUAUGAGUAAACGAGUGUUGAUUUUAUCCAGGAUCGCUCGUUGUAUGCGUAUAUAUUCUCGUCUUUACAAUUGUAUUAUAAAUCGCUCUAUAAAUCUCGUUAGUUUUUAUUUUCAAGAGCAGAGAAGAAG